UUUUGUGAGAUAGGGAUUGACAUAUGGAAGACAGGGACUGGGAGUGUUUCCUGCCUGCACACAGUAAAGACAGAGUUUGGAGAGAGAUGUGCAAACUGCUUUAGAUUAUUACAAUGAAGUGUGUGUUCCUGCAUGAAGUCUUUCUUGUCUCUCUGUUGUCUUCAGCUGCAGUUACACAUGCAGUGUCAGUGAGGUCCAUCAGGUCUGUGUCUGAUCCUGUGAACUGCCAGUGGGGACCCUGGUCCCCUGAAAGCUGGUCCGCCUGUGAUGGCUGCUCCAAAACACAGACACAGAGCCGCUCCAUUGCAGUCUACUCUCAGUUUGGUGGUCAGCCUUGCACCGGGAGCUCAAGCCGCACUCAGUCAUGCGUACCGACUCAGGUCUGUCCUCUACAGGAGGGUUGUGGUGAACGUUUUCGCUGCCAGUCCGGCAAAUGUAUCAGCCAGUCUCUGGUAUGCAAUGGAGAUCAUGACUGUGAAGAUGGCUCAGAUGAGUGGAAAUGCGACAGUAAAUUGCUUUGCGACCUGGAAAAACCUCCACCGAAUGUAGAGCUCACUGGUCAAGGGUUUGAUGCAGUAAGUAAAAAGGCAAGAGGAACAGUUAUCAACACCAAAAGCUUUGGAGGUCUGUGUAAAAAGACCUUCAGUGGAGACCACAUGGACCUAUACAGACUUCCCCAAAGUGUCCUCAGAUACACCUUCCAGGUCACAGCAAAAAAUGAUUUUUCAGAUGAAUCCUAUGACAGCACUUGGCACUACAUUAAUCACAUUGAAGAACAUUCAAGUACAACAGGCACAUCUUAUGGGCAUAGCAGUUAUGUCUUCCAUGAUGAGAUGUUCCAGUCAAAGUCCAAAAAUCUGCUGAUCAUGCAGAGUGAUGUGAAUGUGGCCCAGUUCCAAAACCAGGCCCCAGAAUAUCUGCCACUUUCAGAAGAGUUCUGGAAAGCGCUGCUGUCCUUGCCUGUCUCAUAUGAUUAUGCUGCCUAUCGCAAUGUGCUGGAGAGAUUUGGGACCCACUAUAUUUCAGAGGGCACUCUUGGGGGCCAAUUCAGAUUAUUUAUGAUGGUCGGUCAAGAUGUCAUGAAAAAAAUGCAAACUGUAAAAAGAGAGUAUAAACACUGUCACAGAACAUUCCAUUCUAUCCUGUUUUUCAUCAGGUGGAGCACACAAAGUUGCAGUGAAGACUCAUUUGAGGAUUCUCAAUCAUUUUAUAACAGCAUUACAGAAAAUGAUUUUACCACAGAUAUCAUUGGUGGAGCUCCUGCAUAUGUAGCGAAAUUGUCGAUGUUAAACAAACACACACCAGUGGAGAAUGGCAGGACUUUCUCGCAGUGGUCAGGUUCAGUGAAGAACAUUCCAGAAGUGAUCAACCCGAAGCUCAGACCUCUCCAUGAGCUGGUGAAAGAGGUCUCGUGUGCGGGGGUGAAAAAGCAUCACUUAAAGCGUGCAAUUGAGACUUAUCUCAGCGAGAAACAGCCAUGUCGCUGCAGAGAAUGCAAGAACAACGGGAUGCGCGUGCUUAGUGGUGACGUCUGUAAGUGUGUGUGUAAACCAGGCACCUUCGGCCAGGCGUGUGAAUAUGGGACGCCAAAAGAUGAACUGCCAGGAGUGAUUCAUGGAGACUGGGCGUGUUGGUCUUCAUGGAGCACCUGCAAGGAAGGUCAGAAAAGCCGGAGCCGCACCUGCAGUCGUCCCGCUCCUUCAGGCGGCAGGGACUGCAUUGGGAACGCUGUGGAGACGACAGCCUGUGAUGAGGCACAGGAAUUAGAUUACCUCCGUACAAUGGAGCCUCACUGCUUUGAAGAUUCAUUAACGCCUAGGAAAAGCUGUAAAACGCCCCCCUUCCUUGCUAAUGGGUUUGUUUUGUACCCCACAGAUGCAUAUCCAAUAGGCAGUAAGAUUGAGUAUGCUUGCAUUGAGGGUUUCCGCCUGAUCGGAGAUCCUAUAGCAGAAUGCGAUGAAAAUCUAGACUGGUUCCGACAUGAAAUAGAGUGCAAGAAAGCAUUAUGUGAUCCACCUCAGCUUCCUCCAGAUGUCACUGAAAGCCCAAGGAAGCUUACCUAUAACAUUGGUGAAGCUGUCUCACUUUCCUGCCCUGAAGGGAAAGUCAUAGAAGGUCCGGCUGAGAUUCAGUGCAACGCUGGCCUUUCCUGGUCACCACAACCACAAGAAACCAGGUGUCUCACAGUUUUUAAGUCAGCCGAUGUGCCAGUGCAAUGCCAGCCAUGGGAGAACCUGGCAAAGGACAAAUGUGUCUGUAAAGUACCCCACGAGUGCAAGACUUCCUUGGAGUUAUGUGCCAUUGAUGAGAAGCGCGGUCGGACACGGACACUGAGUCUGUGUAAAAUACAGGCUAUGCGCUGUCUGGGACAUCAGUACGCCCUUGCUGAAGACACUGCCUGCCGGUGGCCCCAACGCUCAUCCACUGCUUGCCCGCACUGCACUCUUUGGGAGACGUGUGAUGAGCAAACAAACAGCUGCCGUUGCAAGACAAGUGAGGAAUGCUCAUCCCCGGACGCCUGGAUCCAUGUGUGUGUGCAGCAGGAAGAAGCGUCUGCACCAGUGACAAUGACAGAAUGCGAGGCGGCUGUGAGGAAAUGCAGAGGAGAGGCUGUCCGCGUUGUCAGCAUUGAACCCUGUCAGUCAUAAUCUCAGAGCUUCACUAAUGAAUUAAAUAGUGUAACAAUUUAUGUUGAACCCUGAGAAGAGUUUUCUCAGGUUUGCAGAGGAUUCAGUUAAAACACCAUGAACAUGCUUUAAAAAAAAUGGUAAAACAGUUUGGGCAGGACAAGAAAUAUAGUGCUGCAGUGACAGUGUUUUUGUAGGCAAACAUGGAAGUUAGCAUCACCAUAAGAUUUUUCCAAUGGCUUUUAAAUUUUUUUGCAGAAAAUAAGCUCUGUAUCCAAAAAGGUUUAUCCAAAGUUUAUUAUUCUUACACAUUAUGUUUAUCAUGAUAAUUUUCACAAAUAAAACUGAAAGUUUGAGUUGGAAUUGUUUGCAGGAGUGCAAAACAUAAACACAGCAAGGCUGUGAAAGCAGACUAGUGAUGCAUUUUCCUCAUUCUGUACAGGGUAUCUGCAGGAUUUUUAUCAAAAACAAAAAGUUUUAUCAAAUCAUACACUUCCAGUCAGAAGUUUCUGAGCAGUACGAUUUUUAAUGUUUCUUUAAAAGUCUCUUCUGUUCACCAGGCCUGCAUUUAUUUGAUCCAAAGUACAGCAAAAACAGUACAAUUUUGAAAUAAUUUUACUAUUUAAAAUAACUGUUUUCUAUUUGAAUAUAUUUUAGGAAUUUUUAUUUUUUGGCAUUUUUGCCUUUAUCAGAUAUGAUAGAAAGCGAAGUGGGAGAGAGGGGGGGCGGGAUUCGAACACAGGACGUCCAUAGCGCAAAGGCGCUGCAUGUCUGUGCGCUGCCCACAAGGCUAUCGGUGCUGACUUACUUUAAUAUAUUUUAAAAUUUAAUUUAGUCCUGUGAUUUUAAAGCUGAAUUUUUAGCGUCAUUGACUGACUCCAAUCUUUUGAAUGGUAUAAUGUUACAAAAGUUUUUUAUUUCAAAUAAAUGCUGAUCUUUGGAUCUUUCUAUUCAUCAAGGAAUCUAGAAAAAAUGUACUCAACUGUUUUAAAUAGUGUUAAUAAUAAUAAAUAUUUCUUGAAUAGCAAAUCAGCAUAUUAGAAUGAUUUCCGAAGGAUCAUGUGACACUGAAGACUUGAGUAAUGAUGCUGAAAAUUUAGCUUUAAUCACAGCAAUAAAUUACAUUUUAAAAUAUAUUUAAAUAGAAAGUAGUUAUUUUAAAUAGUAAAAAUAUUUCACAAUACAACUGCUUUUACUGUAUUUUGGAU